AUGAGUAAAAAAAGUCGGGACGACAUUCCGUUGCUCGAUCCGGACAUGUAUAUCGAUGAAGUAGAUUGGGAUACAUGUGUUGAUCCUGAACUCUAUUUGGAUUUGGAGAGAGAAGAAGAGGCCAGACAUAUCCUGAUGGAAAAGAGGCAGCAGGAGAGUGAGAUUGUCGACAAUCCUUUCGAUCAUGGAUGGGAAAUCAAACCUACUGGAUGGGGGGACGAAGAUGAAAAAGUAACAAAGCCUCAGGAAGCCAGUUAUGGUGUUGAAGGAUGGAUAUUUAACAACCAUGCAAAUAAUGAAACAAACUCGUGGGAACAGAAUGAUUAUCACUUUGAUGAUUUGCAAAAUAAGUAUCAAGAAAAAUAUGAUGAAUAUGAUAGGAGAAAGAAUUCUUAUAGGCAUGGUAAUCAGUAUAAGAUGAAUCGAGGAAGAAGAAAUAAAGAAAAAAGAGGAGGAAGGAGGGAAAACAUUACAUAUGUGGCCAAGGCAGCUACUCCCAGUUCACAAUAA